AUGGUGUCCCACGUCCCUCUACAUGAAAUAGAGACAUCAUUCAUCCCUAAAUCUGUGAAGUUGAGUCAGCAGAAGAUAGAAGGGGACCACACAGGGGUCAGGGGUCACAUUGUGGGGAGUCAGCAGAAGAUAGAAGGGGACCACACAGGGGUCAGGGGUCACAUUGUGGGGAGUCAGCAGAAGAUAGAAGGGGACCACACAGGGGUCAGGGGUCACAUUGUGGGGAGUCAGCAGAAGAUAGAAGACAACCACACAGGGGUCAGGGGUCACAUUGUGGGGAGUCAGCAGAAGAUAGAAGACAACCACACAGGGGUCAGGGGUCACAUUGUGGGGAGUCAGCAGAAGAUAGAAGACUACCACACAGGGGUCAGGGGUCACAUUGUGGGGAGUUAG